AUGGACCAAAUACCAGGGAAUUUCCAAGAAUAUGGACCUCCUAGCUUCCGUGGCGGAUUAUCUCAGGAAUAUGGAACUCCCAACUUGCGUAGUGGUAUAGAAUCUGGGAGUAAAUUAUCAGAGGAGUAUGCACCGUCAUUUCAUCUCUCACAAAAAUACGACCCUCUUAGCUCUUUGGGACAGAUUUUUUCGGCGGUUAAUUCAAAAACAGGAACAUCUCAACGAUCAUCAUCUCGGGAAUACAGUGCACCAUCAUCUCGUACCGCCAUACCCUCGCCGCAGUACGGGGCUUCAAGAAACCUCGACGAAUACUCAGACCAGAGCUACGAGAGCUAUGCAAGAAAUUAUUUAGAAUUGCUUAAUCAGGAACCAGCGAACUAUGAGUUCUCCUACAAAGUGAGUGACUACGAGAGCGGAAGUGACUUUGGCCACGCGGAAAACCGGCAAGACGAUAAAGGAGAUACUUUGUCGUACUUCCUGCUGGAACCAAACAGCUACGUUGAAAUCAUCUUCAUCAGCUGUACUGAUUUGGAAUCCGAGUAA